CUCUGUGUCUGCUCUGCUAAGGAACAUUAAUACACCUCAUCUAUAAAGGGUCUUGCCCAACCAUGGCAAACCUCCUAAGGGCCAUCAGGCGAAUCAUUGAUACGUUCCACAACUAUAGCAGCCAGAGUACUCCGUGUGACAAGCUGAAUAUCCAGGAGUUCAACAGUCUGAUUCAGAAAGAGUUUUCAGACAUCAUUGAGGACUCAGAAGACCCUCAAACUAUUGAGGACAUUCUACAUGCCUUAGAUAAAAAUAAUGAUGGAGAAGUAGAUUUUGAGGAGUUUUUAAAACUGGUUUCAAAGGUGGCAGUUGCUUAUUUUGAAGCUUUAAAUGCAAAACAGGAACACCAAGUAUGUGGACACAGUCAGCAAGAAGCUAAAGCCCCCAUAAAGAAAGAUACGAUGCAAAAAGGUUAUUUGGUAGAAUCUACAGAAACUCCAAAACCCGUAGAGGAAAAAUCAAACAAACAAUCACUCAAACAGCUGUCACAUGAAAAUCAAGGUUUAUCCACACUCCAUUCCCAGAAAACAGAUUCAGAAGAAGAUCUAUCACAGAAACAGAAACCCACUGAAAAGCCAGAUUCAAUUAAAAAAAGCGAUAAUCAGAAAGAUGAUGCUCGACAAGAUUUAUCACAGAAACCCAAUGAGAAACAAAAUUUAACUAAGAAAAAAGAUAUUAUUCAGAAAGGUGACGCUCAACAAGAUAUAUCACAGAAACCAGUUGAAAAAUCAGGUGAAACUAAAAAAAAGGAUGUUAUUAAGAAAGAGGAUUUGCAAAAAGAUCUAUCACAGAAACCUGUUGAGAAGCCAGAUUUAAUAAAGAUAAAGGAUGUUAUUCAGAAAGAGGAUGCUCCACAGGAUCUAUCACAGAAACCCAUUGAGAAACAAGAUUCAACUAAGAAAAAGGAUAUUACUCAGAAAGAGGAUACAAAACAAGAUCUGUCACAGAAACCCACUGAGAAGCCAGAUUUAAGUAAGAAAAAAGAUAUUAUUCAGAAAGAUGAUGCUCAACAAGAUCUAUCACAGAAACAGAAACUCACUGAUAAGCCAGAUUCAACUAAAACAAAGGAUAUGAUUCAGAAAGUGAAUCAACAAAUUAUUCAGAAAGAGGAUCAACAUUUAUCACAGAAACCAACUGAAAAAAUAGAUUUAAAUAAGGAAACGGAUAUCAUUCAGAAAAAGGAGAGCCAACUAGAGCAAGACUUAAAACCAAAAACUAGUCCAGUGCAGAAACAAGAUAUCCCUCAAAAACUAGAUAUAAAACAUAAAAUAGAUGCUAUUCCAAAACAAGAUCCACUAUACAAACAAGAACUCUCUUCUGAAAAAACAGUUCAAACAAAAACACAAAAAGAAGAUCAAGUACCGAAAAAUAAUCAAAUUCCAAAAGAACAAACAACACCAAAACAAGAUUUACCUUCUAAACCUGAUACAAAGGAAAUAAAAGAUCUCCCUCAAAAACUAGAUACAACACAGAAACAAACCCCAACCCUGAUUCCAUGCUCUGCACAUAAAUAUGAUACAAAACAGAAACCUGAACUAAAUGAGAAAAAGGAUACAAUACAAAAAGAAGACUCAACACAGAAACAAGGAACUAGCAAGGAUCCAACACAAAAACAAAGCACUACACAAACUAACAUUCAAACACAGAAACCAGUUGAAAAAGCAGAUGAAACUAAAAAAAGGGAUAAUAUUCAGAAAGAGGAUUUGCAAAAAGAUCUAUCAUUGAAACCUGUUGAGAAGCCAGAGUUAACAAAGAAAAAAGAUAUUAUUCAGAAAAAUGAUCCUCCACAAGAUCUAUCACAGAAACCAAUUGAGAAACAAGAUUCAACUCAUAAAAAGGAUAUUAUCCAGAAAGAGGGUACAAAACAAGACCAGUUACAGAAACUUACGGAAAAAACAGAUUCAACUAAGGAAAAAGAUAAUAUUUUGGAAGAGACUACACAAGAUCUAUCACCGAAACCUACUGAGAAGCCACAUUCAAUUAAGAAAAAGGAUCUUAUCCAGAAAAUUGAUGCUCCACAGGAUCAAUCACAGAAACCAAUUGAAAAACAAGAUUCAACUAAGAAAAAUGAUAUUAUUCAGAAAGGUGAUGCUAAACAAGAUCUGUCACAAAAACCCAUUGAAAAAACAGAUGAAACAAAAAAAAAGGAUGCUAUUCAGAAAGGGGAUAUGCAAAAAGACCUUUCACAGAAGCCUCUUGAGAAGCCAGAUUUAACAAAGGAAAAGAAUAUUGUUCCGAAAGAGGAUACAAAACAAGAUGUAUCACAGAAACCAACUGAGAAGCUGGAUUUAUCUAUGAAAAAAGAUAUUAUUCAGAAACAUGAUACUCCACAGGAUCUAUCACAGAAACCCAUUGAGAAACAAGAUUCAACUAAGAAAACAGGUUUUACUCAGAAAGAGGAUACAAAACAAGAUGUAUCACAGAAGCCAACUGAGAAGCUAGAUUUAAGUAAGAAAAGGGAUAUUAUCCAGAAAGAUGAUGCUCAACAAACUGUAUCACAGAAACCAACUGAAAAAACAGAUGAAACAAAGAAAAAGGAGGAUAUUCUGAAAGAUGGUAAACAUCAAGAUCUGUUACAAAAACCAACUGAAAAAACAGAUUCAACUAAGGAAAAGGAUAAAAUUCAGAUAGAGACUAAACAAGAUCAAUCACAGAAACCAACUGAGAAAGAAGACUCAACUAAGAAAAAGGAUAUUAGUCAUAAAGAUGAUACAAAACAAGAUGCAUCACAGAAACCAACUGAGAAGCCAGAUUUAACUAAGAAAAAGGAUGUUAUUCAGAAAGGUGAUGCUCAACAAGAUCAAUCACAGAAACCAGUUGAAAAAGCAUGUGAAACUAAAAAAAAGGAUGCUAUUAAGAAAGAGGAGUUGCAAAAAGAUCUAUCACAGAAACCUGUUGAGAAGCCAGAUUUAACAAAGAAAAAGGAUGUUAUUCAGAAAGAGGAUGCUCCAAAGGAUCUAUCACAGAAACCCAUUGAGAAACAAGAUUCAACUAAGAAAAAGGAUAUUACUCAGAAAGAGGAUACAAAACAAGAUCUGUCACAGAAACCCACUGAGAAGCCAGAUUUAAGUAAGAAAAAAGAUAUUAUUCAGAAAGAUGAUGCUCAAAAAGAUCUAUCACAGAAACAGAAACUCACUGAUAAGCCAGAUUCAACUAAAACAAAGGAUGUGAUUCAGAAAGAGAAUCAACAAAUUAUUCAGAAAGAGGAUCAACAUUUAUCACAGAAACCCACUGAAAAAAUAGAUUUAAAUAAGGAAACAGAUAUCAUUCAGAAAAAGGAGAGCCAAUUAGAGCAAGACUUAAAACCAAAAACUAGUCCAGUGCAGAAACAAGAUAUCCCUCAAAAACUAGAUAUAAAACAUAAAAUAGAUGCUAUUCCAAAACAAGAUCCACUAUACAAACAAGAACUCUCUUCUGAAAAAACAGUUCAAACAAAAACACAAAAAGAAGAUCAAGUACCGAAAAAUAAUCAAAUUCCAAAAGAACAAACAACACCAAAACAAGAUUUACCUUCUAAACCUGAUGCAAAGGAAAUAAAAGAUCUCCCUCAAAAGCUAGAUACAACACAGAAACAAACCCCCUCUCUGAUUCCAUGCUCUGCACAUAAAUAUGAUACAAAACAGAAACCUGAAUUAAAUGAGAAAAAGGAUACGAUACAAAAAGAAGACUCAACACAGAAACAAGGAACUAGCAAGGAUCCAACACAAAAACAAAGCACUACACAAACUAACAUUCAAACACAGAACUCAGAUAUAACUAAAGAUCUAUCACAGAAACCAGUUGAAAAAGCAGAUGAAACUAAAGAAAGGGAUAAUAUUCAGAAAGAGGAUUUGCAAAAAGAUCUAUCAUUGAAACCUGUUGAGAAGCCAGAUUUAACAAAGAAAAAAGAUAUUAUUCAGAAAAAUGAUCCUCCACAAGAUCUAUCACAGAAACCAAUUGAGAAACAAGAUUCAACUCAGAAAAAGGAUAUUAUCCAGAAAGGUGAUGUUAAACAAGAUCUGUCACAAAAACCCAUUGAAAAAACAGAUGAAACAAAAAAAAAGGAUGCUAUUCAGAAAGGGGAUAUGCAAAAAGACCUUUCACAGAAGCCUCUUGAGAAGCCAGAUUUAACAAAGGAAAAGAAUAUUGUUCCGAAAGAGGAUACGAAACAAGAUGUAUCACAGAAACCAACUGAGAAGCUGGAUUUAUCUAUGAAAAAAGAUAUUAUUCAGAAACAUGAUACUCCACAGGAUCUAUCACAGAAACCCAUUGAGAAACAAGAUUCAACUAAGAAAACAGGUUUUACUCAGAAAGAGGAUACAAAACAAGAUGUAUCACAGAAGCCAACUGAGAAGCUAGAUUUAAGUAAGAAAAGGGAUAUUAUUCAGAAAGAUGAUGCUCAACAAAAUGUAUCACAGAAACCAACUGAAAAAACAGAUGAAACAAAGAAAAAGGAGGAUAUUCUGAAAGAUGGUAAACAUCAAGAUCUGUUACAAAAACCAACUGAAAAAACAGAUUCAACUAAGGAAAAGGAUAAAAUUCAGAUAGAGACUAAACAAGAUCAAUCACAGAAACCAACUGAGAAAGAAGACUCAACUAAGAAAAAGGAUAUUAGUCAUAAAGAUGAUACAAAACAAGAUGUAUCACAGAAACCAACUGAGAAGCCAGAUUUAACUAAUAAAAAGGAUGUUAUUCAGAAAGGUGAUGCUCAACAAGAUCAAUCACAGAAACCAGUUGAAAAAGCAUGUGAAACUAAAAAAAAGGAUGCUAUUAAGAAAGAGGAGUUGCAAAAAGAUCUAUCACAGAAACCUGUUGAGAAGCCAGAUUUAACAAAGAAAAAGGAUGUUAUUCAGAAAGAGGAUGCUCCACAGGAUCUAUCACAGAAACCCAUUGAGAAACAAGAUUCAACUAAGAAAAAGGAUAUUACUCAGAAAGAGGAUACAAAACAAGAUCUGUCACAGAAACCCACUGAGAAGCCAGAUUUAAGUAAGAAAAAAGAUAUUAUUCAGAAAGAUGAUGCUCAACAAGAUCUAUCACAGAAACAGAAACUCACUGAUAAGCCAGAUUCAACUAAAACAAAGGAUAUGAUUCAGAAAGAGAAUCAACAAAUUAUUCAGAAAGAGGAUCAACAUUUAUCACAGAAACCCACUGAAAAAAUAGAUUUAAAUAAGGAAACAGAUAUCAUUCAGAAAAAGGAGAGCCAACUAGAGCAAGACUUAAAACCAAAAACUAGUCCAGUGCAGAAACAAGAUAUCCCUCAAAAACUAGAUAUAAAACAUAAAAUAGAUGCUAUUCCAAAACAAGAUCCACUAUACAAACAAGAACUCUCUUCUGAAAAAACAGUUCAAACAAAAACACAAAAAGAAGAUCAAGUACCGAAAAAUAAUCAAAUUCCAAAAGAACAAACAACACCAAAACAAGAUUUACCUUCUAAACCUGAUGCAAAGGAAAUAAAAGAUCUCCCUCAAAAGCUAGAUACAACACAGAAACAAACCCCAACUCUGAUUCCAUGCUCUGCACAUAAAUAUGAUACAAAACAGAAACCUGAACUAAAUGAGAAAAAGGAUACGAUACAAAAAGAAGACUCAACACAGAAACAAGGAACUAGCAAGGAUCCAACACAAAAACAAAGCACUACACAAACUAACAUUCAAACACAGAACUCAGAUAUAACUAAAGAUCUAUCACAGAAACCAGUUGAAAAAGCAGAUGAAACUAAAGAAAGGGAUAAUAUUCAGAAAGAGGAUUUGCAAAAAGAUCUAUCAUUGAAACCUGUUGAGAAGCCAGAUUUAACAAAGAAAAAAGAUAUUAUUCAGAAAAAUGAUCCUCCACAAGAUCUAUCACAGAAACCAAUUGAGAAACAAGAUUCAACUCAGAAAAAGGAUAUUAUCCAGAAAGGUGAUGUUAAACAAGAUCUGUCACAAAAACCCAUUGAAAAAACAGAUGAAACAAAAAAAAAGGAUGCUAUUCAGAAAGGGGAUAUGCAAAAAGACCUUUCACAGAAGCCUCUUGAGAAGCCAGAUUUAACAAAGGAAAAGAAUAUUGUUCCGAAAGAGGAUACGAAACAAGAUGUAUCACAGAAACCAACUGAGAAGCUGGAUUUAUCUAUGAAAAAAGAUAUUAUUCAGAAACAUGAUACUCCACAGGAUCUAUCACAGAAACCCAUUGAGAAACAAGAUUCAACUAAGAAAACAGGUUUUACUCAGAAAGAGGAUACAAAACAAGAUGUAUCACAGAAGCCAACUGAGAAGCUAGAUUUAAGUAAGAAAAGGGAUAUUAUUCAGAAAGAUGAUGCUCAACAAAAUGUAUCACAGAAACCAACUGAAAAAACAGAUGAAACAAAGAAAAAGGAGGAUAUUCUGAAAGAUGGUAAACAUCAAGAUCUGUUACAAAAACCAACUGAAAAAACAGAUUCAACUAAGGAAAAGGAUAAAAUUCAGAUAGAGACUAAACAAGAUCAAUCACAGAAACCAACUGAGAAAGAAGACUCAACUAAGAAAAAGGAUAUUAGUCAUAAAGAUGAUACAAAACAAGAUGUAUCACAGAAACCAACUGAGAAGCCAGAUUUAACUAAUAAAAAGGAUGUUAUUCAGAAAGGUGAUGCUCAACAAGAUCAAUCACAGAAACCAGUUGAAAAAGCAUGUGAAACUAAAAAAAAGGAUGCUAUUAAGAAAGAGGAGUUGCAAAAAGAUCUAUCACAGAAACCUGUUGAGAAGCCAGAUUUAACAAAGAAAAAGGAUGUUAUUCAGAAAGAGGAUGCUCCACAGGAUCUAUCACAGAAACCCAUUGAGAAACAAGAUUCAACUAAGAAAAAGGAUAUUACUCAGAAAGAGGAUACAAAACAAGAUCUGUCACAGAAACCCACUGAGAAGCCAGAUUUAAGUAAGAAAAAAGAUAUUAUUCAGAAAGAUGAUGCUCAACAAGAUCUAUCACAGAAACAGAAACUCACUGAUAAGCCAGAUUCAACUAAAACAAAGGAUAUGAUUCAGAAAGAGAAUCAACAAAUUAUUCAGAAAGAGGAUCAACAUUUAUCACAGAAACCCACUGAAAAAAUAGAUUUAAAUAAGGAAACAGAUAUCAUUCAGAAAAAGGAGAGCCAACUAGAGCAAGACUUAAAACCAAAAACUAGUCCAGUGCAGAAACAAGAUAUCCCUCAAAAACUAGAUAUAAAACAUAAAAUAGAUGCUAUUCCAAAACAAGAUCCACUAUACAAACAAGAACUCUCUUCUGAAAAAACAGUUCAAACAAAAACACAAAAAGAAGAUCAAGUACCGAAAAAUAAUCAAAUUCCAAAAGAACAAACAACACCAAAACAAGAUUUACCUUCUAAACCUGAUGCAAAGGAAAUAAAAGAUCUCCCUCAAAAGCUAGAUACAACACAGAAACAAACCCCAACUCUGAUUCCAUGCUCUGCACAUAAAUAUGAUACAAAACAGAAACCUGAACUAAAUGAGAAAAAGGAUACGAUACAAAAAGAAGACUCAACACAGAAACAAGGAACUAGCAAGGAUCCAACACAAAAACAAAGCACUACACAAACUAACAUUCAAACACAGAACUCAGAUAUAACUAAAGAUCUAUCACAGAAACCAGUUGAAAAAGCAGAUGAAACUAAAAAAAGGGAUAAUAUUCAGAAAGAGGAUUUGCAAAAAGAUCUAUCAUUGAAACCUGUUGAGAAGCCAGAUUUAACAAAGAAAAAAGAUAUUAUUCAGAAAAAUGAUCCUCCACAAGAUCUAUCACAGAAACCAAUUGACAAACAAGAUUCAACUCAGAAAAAGGAUAUUAUCCAGAAAGGUGAUGCUAAACAAGAUCUGUCACAAAAACCCAUUGAAAAAACAGAUGAAACAAAAAAAAAGGAUGCUAUUCAGAAAGGGGAUAUGCAAAAAGACCUUUCACAGAAGCCUCUUGAGAAGCCAGAUUUAACAAAGGAAAAGAAUAUUAUUCCGAAAGAGGAUACGAAACAAGAUCUAUCACAGAAACCAACUGAGAAGCUGGAUUUAUCUAUGAAAAAAGAUAUUAUUCAGAAACAUGAUACUCCACAGGAUCUAUCACUGAAACCCAUUGAGAAACAAGAUUCAACUAAGAAAACAGGUUUUACUCAGAAAGAGGAUAUAAAACAAGAUGUAUCACAGAAGCCAACUGAGAAGCUAGAUUUAAGUAAGAAAAGGGAUAUUAUUCAGAAAGAUGAUGCUCAACAAAAUGUAUCACAGAAACCAACUGAAAAAACAGAUGAAACAAAGAAAAAGGAGGAUAUUUUGAAAGAUGGUAAGAAUCAAGAUCUGUUACAGAAACCAACUAAAAAAACAGAUUCAACUAAGGAAAAGGAUAAAAUUCAGAUAGAGACUAAACAAGAUCAAUCACAGAAACCAACUGAGAAAGAAGACUUAACUAAGAAAAAGGAUAUCAGUCAUAAAGAUGAUACAAAACAAGAUGUAUCACAGAAAACAAAUGAGAAGCCAGAUUUAACUAAGAAAAAGGAUGUUAUUCAGAAAGGUGAUGCUCAACAAGAUCUAUCACAGAAACCUAUUGAAAUAACAGAUGAAACAAAAAAAAGGGAUGCUAUUCACAAAGAGUAUCUGCAAAAAGAUCAAUUACAGAAACCUGUUGAGAAGCCAGAUUUAACAAAGAAAAAGGAUGUUAUUCAGAAAGAGGAUGAUCCACAGGAUCUAUCACAGAAACCCAUUGAGAAACAAGAUUCAACUAAGAAAAAUGAUAUUACUCAGAAAGAAGAUACAAAACAAGAUCUGUCACAGAAAACAACUGAGAAGCCAGAUUUAAGUAAGAAAAAAGAUUUUAUUCAGAAAGAUGAUGCUCAACAAGAUCUAUCACAGAAACAGAAACUCACUGAUAAGCCAGAUUCAACUAAAACAAAGGAUAUGAUUCAGAAAGAGAAUCAACAAAUUAUUCAGAAAGAGGAUCAACAUUUAUCACAGAAACCAACUGAAAAAACAGAUUCAAAUAAGGAAACAGAUAUCAUUCAGAAAAAGGAGAGCCAACUAGAACAAGACUUAAAACCAAAAACGAGUCCAGUGCAGAAACAAGAUAUACCUCAAAAACUAGAUAUAAAACAUAAAAUAGAUGCAAUUCCAAAACAAGAUCCACUAUACAAACAAGAACUCUCUUCUGUGAAAACAGUUCAAACAAAAACACAAAAAGAAGAUCAAGUACUGAAAAAUAAUCAAAUUCCAAAAGAACAAACAACACCAAAACAAGAUUUACCUUCUAAACCUGAUGCAAAGGAAAUAAAAGAUCUCCCUCAAAAGCUAGAUACAACACAAAAACAAACCCCCUCUCUGAUUCCAUGCUCUGCACAUAAAUAUGAUACAAAACAGAAACCUGAACUAAAUGAGAAAAAGGAUACAAUACAAAAAGAAGACUCAGCACAGAAACAAGGAACUAGCGAGGAUCCAAUACAAAAACAAAACACUACACAAACUAACAUUCAAACACAGCACUCAGAUAUAACUAAAGAUCUAUCACAGAAACCAGUUGAAAAACCAGAUGGAACUAAAAAAAGGGAUAAUAUUCAGAAAGAGGAUUUUCAAAAAGAUCUAUCACUGAAACCUGUUGAGAAGCCAGAUUUAACAAAGAAAAAAGAUAUUAUCCAGAAAGAGGGUACAAAACAAGACCUGUUACAGAAACUUCCAGAAAAAACAGAUUCAACUAAGGAAAAGGAUAAUAUUUUGAAAGAGACUACACAAGAUCUAUCACAGAAACCUACUGAGAAGCCAGAUUCAAUUAAGAAAAAGGAUCUUAUUCAGAAAGUUGAUGCUCCACAAGAUCAAUCACAGAAACCAAUUGAAAAAAAAGAUUCAACUAAGAAGCCAGAUUUAUUAAAGAAAAAGGAUGAUAUUCUGAAAGAGGAUACAAAACAAGAUGUAUUACAGAAACCAACUGAGAAGCUGGAUUUAUCUAAGAAAAAAGAUAUUAUUCAGAAACAUGAUCAUCCACAGGAUCUAUCACAGAAACCUAUUGAGGAACAAGAUUUAACUAAGAAAAAUGAUAUUACUCAGAAAGAGAAUACAAAACAUGAUCUGUCACAGAAGCCAACUGAGAAGCUAGAUUUAACUAAGAAAAUUGAUAUUAUUCAGAAAGAUGAUGCUCAACAAAAUGUAUCACAGAAACCAACUGAAACAACAGAUGAAACAAAGAAAAAGGAUGAUAUUGCGAAAGAUGGUAAGCAUCAAGAUCUGUUACAGAAACCAACUGAAAAAACAGAUUCAACUAAGGAAAAGAAUACAAUUCCGAUAGAGACUAAACAAGAUCUAUCACAGAAACCUACUGAGAAGCCAGAUUCAAUUAAGAAAAAAGAUUUAAUUCUGAAAUGUGAUGCUUCACAAGAUCAAUCACAAAAACCAACUGAGAAAGAAGACUCAACUAAGAAAAAGGAUAUUAGUCAUAAAGAUGAUACAAAACAAGAUGUAUCACAGAAACCAACUGAGAAACCAGAUUUAACUAAGAAAAAGGAUAUUAUUCAGAAAGAUGGUACUCAUCAAGAUCUUAUACAGAAACUGACGGAAAAAACAGAUUCAACUAAGGAAAAUGAUAAUUUUCUGAAAGAAACUACACAGCAAGACCUAUUAGAGAAACAGAAACCUACGGAGAAGCCAGAUUCAGUUAAGAAACAGGAUAUUAUUAAGAAAGUUGAUGCUCCACAAGAUAUAUCACAGAAACCAAUUGAAAAACAAGAUUCAACUAAGAAAAAGGAUAUUAGUCAUAAAGAUGAUACAAAACAAGAUGUAUCAGAGAAAUCAACUGAGAAGAAAGAUUUAACUAAGAAAAAGGAUAUUAUUCAGAAAGGUGAUGCUCAACAAGAUCUGUCACAAAAACCCGUUGAAAAAACUGAUGAAACAAAAAAAAAGGAUGCUAUUCAGAAAGGGGAUAUGCAAAAAGACCUUUCACAGAAGCCUCUUGAGAAGCCAGAUUUAACAAAGGAAAAGGAUAUUAUUCAGAAAUAUGAUACUCAACAAAACCUGUUACAGAAACUGACAGAAAAAACAGAUUCAAAAACGAAAAAGGAUAAUUUUCUGAAAGAGACAACACAAGAUCUAUCACAGAAACCUACUGAGCAGCCGGAUUCGAUUAAGAAACAGGAUAUUAUUAAGAAAGAUGAUGCACCACAUAAUCUAUCACAGAAACCCAUUGAGAAACAAGAUUCAGCUAAGGAAAAGGAUAAUAUUUUGAAAGAGACUAAACAAGAUCUAUCACUGAAACCUACUGAGAAGCCAGAUUCAAUUAAUAAAAAGGAUCUUAUUCAGAAAGUUGAUGCUCCACAAGAUCAAUCACAGAAACCAAUUGAAAAACAAGAUUCAACUAAGAAAAAUGAUAUUAGUCAUAAAGAUGAUAUAAAACAAGAGGUAUCACAGAAAUCAACUGAGAAGCCAGAUUUAACUAAGAAAAAGGAUAUUAUUCAGAAAGGUGAUGCUCAACAAGAUCUGUCAAAAAAACCCAUUGAAAAAACAGAUGAAACUAAAAAAAAGGAUGCUAUUCAGAAAGAGGAUAUGCAAAAAGACCUUUCACAGAAGCCUCUUGAAAAGCCAGAUUUAUUAAAGAAAAAGGAUAUUAUUCUGAAAGAGGAUACAAAACAAGAUGUAUCACAGAAACCAACUGAGAAGCUGGAUUUAUCUAAGAAAAAAGAUAUUAUUCAGAAACAUGAUGCUCCACAGGAUCUAGCACAGAAACCCAUUGAGAAACAAGAUUCAACUAAGAAAAAGGAUAUUACUCAGAAAGAGGAUACAAAACAAGAUCUGUCACAGAAGCCAACUGAGAAGCCAGAUUUAACUAAGAAAAGGGAUAUUAUUCAGAAAGAUGAUGCUCAACAAACUGUAUCACAGAAACCAACUGAAACAACAGAUGAAACAAAGAAAAAGGAUGAUAUUCUGAAAGAUGGUAAGCAUCAAGAUCUGUUACAGAAACCAACUGAAAAAACAGAUUCAACUAAGGCAAAGGAUAAAAUUCCGAUAGAGACUAAACAAGUUCUAUCACAGAAACCUACUGAGAAGCCAGAUUUAAUUAAGAAAAAAGAUUUAAUUCUGAAAUGUGAUGCUUCACAAGAUCAAUCACAGAAACCAACUGAGAAAGAAGACUCAACUAAGAAAAAGGAUAUUAGUCAUAAAGAUGAUACAAAACAAGAUGUAUCACAGAAACCAACUGAGAAGCCAGAUUUAACUAAGAAAAAGGAUGUUAUUCAGAAAGAUGGUACUCAUCAAGAUCUUAUACAGAAACUAACAGAAAAAACAGAUUCAACUAAGGAAAAGGAUAAUUUUCUGAAAGAAACUACACAGCAAGACCUAUUAGAGAAACAGAAACCUACGGAGAAGCCAGAUUCAGUUAAGAAACAGGAUAUUAUUCAGAAAGUUGAUGCUCCACAAGAUAUAUCACAGAAACCAAUUGAAAAACAAGAUUCAACUAAGAAAAAGGAUACUAGUCAUAAAGAUGAUACAAAACAAGAUGUAUCACAGAAAUCAACUGAGAAGCCAGAUUUAACUAAGAAAAAGGAUAUUAUUCAGAAAGGUGAUGCUCAACAAGGUCUGUCACAAAAACCCAUUGAAAAAACAGAUGAAACUAAGAAAAAGGAUAUUCUUCAGAAAGAGGAUACAAAACAAGAUGUAUCACAGAAAACAACUGAGAAGCCAGAUUUAACUAAGAAAAAGGAUAUUAUUCAGAAAGGUGAUGAUCAACAAGAUCUAUCACAGAAACCCACUGAAAAAACAGAUCAAAUUAAGGGAAAAGAUAAUAUUCAGAAAGAGAUUACGCAACAAUAUUUAUCACAGAAACAGAAACCAACUGAUAAGCCAGAUUCAACUAAAACAAAAGAUAUGAUUCAGAAAGAGACUCAACAAAUUAUUCAGACAGAUGAUCAACAUUUAUCACAGAAACCCACUGAAAAAACAGAUUCAAAUAAGGAAACAGAUAUAAUUCAGAAAAAGGAGAGCCAACUAGCGCAACCUGUAAAACAAACCUCAUCACAAACACAUGACACAACUCCCAAACCGAAUGAAACCCAGAGCAAAGACUCUGAUCCCAGAAAAAAACUAGAUCUAGCACAGAAAGAUGAUACACCACAAGAUGCAGAUAAGAAACAAGAUCCCAUACAAACACAUGAUCCAGUGGAAAAACUUCAUCCAUCUCAAAUGCAGAAUCCAAAUCACAUACCAAAACCAGAUGCUACUCAAAUGCUAGAAGUAGCUCAGAAGCCAGAUAUUUUACAAAAACAAGAUGAUACUCUAAAGUCAGGCAUAGAACAGACAUCAAACCAAGCACAAAAGCAUUCUUCAACUGAAAACAAAGAUCAAACACAGCAUGGUUACACCCAAAAGAAACAAGAUACAAUUCAAAAGGAAGAUUUUACUCAAAAACAAGACCAGUUUCAGAAUCAAGGUAAAUCUUUGAUCCCCAGCCAGCCACAUGGCACAGACAACAGUCAAUAUGGAUUGGAACAAUGGUCAUCUCUAACACAGUGUCCUUCACAAAAACUAGAUAUUGAAGAACAUGGUGACCAGAAGAAAUAUCAAUUUAAACCAAUGUCAAUCCAGAAACAUAGUUUUGUGCCCUUAUCCACAAGUCAACAAAUGGAACCAUUACAUUAUCAAAAGCAAGAAGACUUUAAAUCACAACAUUUGUGGGUCUCAGACAUGUCACAGAAAACACAAGUUUUUACAGCUGAACAUACAGCUAAAAUGCCACAGCAAACAUUGGAAGAGAACUGGCAGUGGCAUGAGACAGUAUCACCCUCUCACUAUUACCAGAAAUCACAAGAGGGACAAAAUAUCCCUCAAAAAUUAGUCCAAAAAACAGAAACUUCAUCUUGGCCAGUCAAUGCUCAACAGAUCUAUGAGAACCUAAGUGCACAUCAACAGCAGAAACAAGCUCAGUCAUAUGCACAAAAUCCAUUAUAUGCCCUUUCCCAGGAGAGUCCAAAAUUGUAUCGAAAAGAGGAUUCUGUCAAGCACACUGUGACAGAAUCAUGGCAUUCUGAAAAUGUAGACCAGCACUCUCCAAAACCAGAGGAACCAAGUGACAAUCAGUCCUCAGCUGCAGGAGUUCAGGGAUCAGCACAAACACAAAAGCAGGAAAAGAAAAAGCACUUCAAAUGGCCCUGGCAGUAAUUUUCCCUUCCCUUUAUAGGGACAUUGUACUCAAAAUGUUUCUAUUACACUACGAAAGAGCAUUAUUUAAACACACUGAUAAUAUUUUGGCCUGAGAUAAAUGUUAACCCCUUAAGGACCAAUGGCGGAAUUAUUGUGUCAAACUGAAGCUAUAAUUUCUUAAGGACUUAAGUUAAAGUAACACACAAAUCUUGACAAGAAAAACAAAUGUUUUAUGUGAAACAAAGAAAAUGUUUGAGUAUAAUACCCCUUUAAGCUGUUUAUUCUUCAAUAUCUAAUGUAAUAGUUGUCAACAUGAGCAUAAUACCUGUCUAUAGAAAUGUACAUAUCUUGCAUAUAUAUCUCUUGCCCACACACUAUUUCACCUAAAUGAUUAAAGGGACAUUAAAUUGUAGUUGUAAGCUGCUUUGAAUAUACAUCACUCCAGCAUGCUUGAGAGUAAAAUCACAAAAAAAUGUUAUGCCUUCAUAAAACAGAAAUACUGCAAUUUAAAUAAAAUAUAUUUGCAGCAACAUUUUGUGUGUUCAAACCUUGCCCCCAUCUUUCCCAUAAUCGACAACGGCAGUGAGGAUACUAGGAAGUUUAGGCAUGGAUUUUAUUCUAGGACAGCAGUAAGUAUAGAAAAGUAUUAUAUAAAUAUAGGGAUAUGAAUGUGUAAAUAUAAAUAUUAAGAUUUAUUUACAGAGUGAGAUUACAAAUAAAUGUGGAUCUGUUUUGGUUAAUAUAAACCUACUAAAUAAAUUAGAAUGAAUUAGCUGUGCAUAAUCAGUACUGACUGGAUAGGUUUGUGGUGUAGAGUACCUCCCGCACUACUUCACAUGUGUAGACCACAAUGCAUGUUUAUACCACAUCUAUUUGGACAAGGUUAUGAUUAGUUUGCAAGAAUUAUUCAGAGGGACAGGUAAAUUAGUGAUAAGAAAAGGCAUAACAAUAUACUCAUUUGACUCCAAUUAACUCAUUAGUUCCAUACAGCUUUCAAGUUGUAUUUAAUGUCUCUUUUAUGUCAUUGAACUUUAUGGACCUUAUAUACGACAAUAUCUAGCAUAUCUUUAAAUAGGAUGUGUAUAUUUGCUCGUUCAGGCCUAACUAUUUAAAAGGCAACUAGUUUAAUAUGUAUAAAAUGUGCUAUAUUUGAUUAGGAUUUGAGUUGAGUACAGUCUACUAUAUCUAUUAUUGAUUACAUUAACUUGUUUAUUGUGUAAUACCACAUGUUUAUUUACCUGACUGUACAAAUAUUUUUUCUUUACAUUAUAUUUUUUCUUUAAUAUUAAUGCUACCGGACAAUUAAUAAAUGUAAAGCUCUCAUUCCACAA